UGUGCACAUUGCUCUAAAACAGACAAUUCUCUCUCUCUCUCUCUCUCUCUCUAGAGAUCUCUCUCCCCCCCUCAAUGGCUUUUUGCAAAAAUGGUCAUCUCUCUCUUCUCCUCCUCAAUCUCCUCAUUCUAAUUCUGAACACCCCCCAGGCCAUAGGAUGCUACACCCGGAUCUUCAGCUUCGGCGACUCGCUCAUCGACACCGGAAACUUACUCCACGCCUUCGGAAACGCUCACCUCCCCGUCGGCCGCCCCCCCUACGGCGAGACCUUCUUCUCCCGCCCCACCGGCCGGUUCAGCAACGGCCGCGUCGUCAUCGACUUCAUCGCGGAGGCAUUCCAACUGCCGUUCCUGCCGCCGUACCUCGCGGGGCGGGGACCGGAGGAUUUCGAACACGGGGCCAAUUUCGCGGUGGGAGGAGCCACCGCCCUGAACAACUCGUUCUUCGCGGCGAAGGGGAUGGAGGUGACAUGGACGGACUACUCGCUGAGCACUCAGCUGCAGUGGUUCAAGAACCUCCUACCUCUUCUCUCAAAUGAAUCAGACCAUAGUGGCAUCAUGGAUACAUCGCUUUUCAUGGUGGGAGAGAUCGGAGGAAACGAUUACAACCAUCCGUUCUUCAGCGGACGGCUAACAACCGGCGAAGUGCGCUCCUUCGUUCCCUUCGUCAUCGAUGCAAUCGCUUCUGCCAUACAUGACCUGAUCAAAUUGGGCGCGAAAACACUGGUGGUUCCAGGAAACUUACCAAAUGGUUGCGUCCCAAUGUAUCUCUCAAUGUUCCGAAGCCAAAACUACGAAGAUUACGACCCACAAACCCGGUGCAUCAAGUGGAUAAACGAGUUCUCCGAGUACCACAACAAAUUGCUCGUCGAAAAAUUGCACACUCUUCGCGAACUUCAUCCUGAUGCAACCAUCAUCUACGCCGACUAUUACGGUGCUUUGAUGAACAUUUUCCAGUUCCCGGACCAACUUGGAUUCGAUGAGCCGUUGCUCGCGUGCUGCGGUAGCCACUGCCCCUACAAUUGCUCCAUUCAUUGUGGAAAUGAAGGGUCGACGGUUUGCGCGGAGCCGUCGACGUACGCUUCCUGGGAUGGGUUGCACUUGACCGAGGCGGCUUACAAGGUGGCCGCCGACGGCGUGCUACGGGGACCGUACGCCGUCCCCGCCAUCGCAGAAACAUGCGCAGAUAUUGCAGAUAUUGAACAUUGUAUUGCAUAAAUCUAUCUGCUACAUCUUACUAUUUCUUUCUUUCUUUCUUUCUUUCUUGAAACUUGUAGCUGCGAUGUUUUAUGUACUAGUUGCCCUCUUAGACACUGCUCUUAUAUACACACUCCAUAGCAAAAGGGUUGAUAAUUUGCUAAAUGCAAUAUAUAUAUAUAUAUAGAGAGAGAGAGAGA